CGGACUCAGAGGAGACAGAGUCAGUCAGUAGCAUGUCGUCCAUCAGUCUCCUGCUGCUCGGUACGGCUCUCCUCCACAGCGUCCAGUCGCUUCCUGCAGCUCGCGGCGGGGGGCGUGGCCUGGAUGUAUCUGUGGGUGGAGCCAGACGGCAGCGUCGAGACCUUCGUAACCUGCUGCCUUAUGAGGACCAGAUGAUGUCAUAUCCUGCCACUAAGGGAGGGACCAAUGACCUGUACUACCAAUCAGAUGACUGGAGGGGGCGGGGCUUGGACCAGGCUCUGCAGCGAUUGGUGGAGAGGGACCAGAUGCGGGAGCAAGAAGAGGAGCAGAGAGCAGCCUACCUCGCCGCUCUGCUCCGCCUACUGAGCGAGGCAGAGAGUGCAGGAUUGGUCGGCCCGGGUGACGUGGAGGUGGUGGAGGAAGAGGAGGACGAGGAGGACGAUCAGGGGCCGCCAGGGGACUUCCAAGGCCCAGCACCUCCAGAUUACGAUGAGACAGGGCGGGGGCUGAACAUGGGGAGGCCCCCGGCUGCCUGGUGGGGCCUCCUGGAGCCCCAGCUGGCUCAGGCUCUGCUGGACAGGAUGGAGCCUCAGUUGGCUCAGACUCUGCUGGAGACAGCGAGACAGGAGAGACUUCAACAGACUGGACGACUUUCAUCAGGACUAAACCGAGGAGGGGACCAGGAGGCUCUGAGACGUCUGGUUGCUAGGUUACUAUCAAGCAUCGGCCCUAACAACGCCCCGGUGAUCUCCUCCGGUCGCAGAGCGAGGAGGGACCUGUCCGUCACAGCAGCCGAACCCAUCAGCCCCACCCACAGGAGAGCCCGCCGUUCCCUUGACGACAUGGUUCCACCGUCGCCUAGCAACGACCCCCCUCUGUUCAGAGUGAAGAGGCUGGAGGAGGAGGAUGAGGAGGAGGAGGAGGAGAAGCCCCGCCCCCCUGCCGCAGGGCUGCAACGGAUGAAACGCAUCGAUACCAUGGCGGUGGAAGAACUGAAUCAUGGGAGUCGUAGGCGUCGAAGGAGAGCCGCCCUGAACUACGACCCCCAAAUACUGAUCGAUCAGAUUGUGGAAUACAUGAGGCAGUGAGGAGGAGGAGGAGGAGGAGGUGUAUUUUGUUGUUGUCUUUAAGGACUUUUUGUUUCUUGUUUUGUUUUUUUGCUGCUUUUAGUAAAAAAUGUAUCAAAUCAG